GAGCGCGGCGGGCCAGGCUGGACCCGGGGUGGGGGACCUCACGUUCUGUUGUGCCUGAGGCUGCGGGCACGAAAACGGGGCGCAGCAUGCUGGUGCCCGUGGGGAACCUCGUUCGCCUCCGGUUGGGACACUUAGUCCGUUGCGCCCCGUGCGCGCCUCGAGAAGCCCUGCGGCGACCCCUCGAGUCUUUCUGUUCCCAGGGUCUACCCUGCUACUCCAGCGGCGGGGCCCCCAACGGCUUUGGGCCCCAAGGUCAGGCAGGGAAGGUUCACAGGGUCCCCGCCGAGCACAAACCUUCGCAAUUCGACAAGAAAAUUCUGCUGUGGACCGGGCGUUUCAAAGCGAUGGAGGAGAUCCCGCCGCGGGUCCCGCCAGAAAUGAUAGAUGCUGCAAGGAACAAAGCUCGAGUGAAAGCUUGUUACAUAAUGAUUGGACUCACAAUUAUUGCCUGCUUUUUGGUGAUAGCAUCAGCCAAAAGGGCUGCAGAACGACAUGAAUCUUUAACAAGUUGGAACCUGGCAAAGAAAGCGAAGUGGCGUGAAGAAGCUCUGGCCGCACAGGCAAAGGCUAAAUAAUAUUCUAAAUGACCAAGUGUGCAUUAGGAUAUCAUCACUACUAUCAGCAACAAUAAAAGAUUGGUGAAAGAGAGUAACAAAAUACUUGCCAUGUUUUCUUUUGGUGA